CCAGCCAUGAACAACAUGAAUAGAUAUGAGUUGAGCGAUGGAGAAGAGGAAGGUGAAGACGCGGGUGGCAGCGUACGGCCGCUUAUCUCGGCUCUUCAGCAGAAGAGGAGGAACCUGAUUCUUCAUCUGGAUCUAAAUAACACCAUCCUGGUAUCUGACACGGCCACCGGCCAAGGGCUCAGGGAAGCACUCAAUUCCUACUUGAGCACUGUCACCUGGGGGAGGAUAAGCAACACAGGUGAAUGGGAAUGGAUAAGCGAUCAGCCGUCUGUCAAACCUCCAUCCCCAGACGCCAUCAACUAUAACACCCAGUUUGGGCGUGAUGGCAACUUCAGUGACUCCAAGAUAGGACGGCGCUUCAAGGAGGUCUUCACCCGCCACCUGGACCUGCUGCAGUGGCAGGGAGAGGCAGACGACACGUUUACACAGAGCGGGGAGGACGGGAAGCUCUAUCACUGGAUCCUGCCAUCCUUCUUCCACCUGCUCAGCACCCUCCAUCAGCAGGGCAGACACUUCUCUGUCAUACUGAGGACGUUCGGCAGUGACCUUCCACUUGUGCUCCAAUCUGUUCACGCCACGUUAGCCGGAAAACAUCCGUAUUUCCCCGAGCUGAAGGAACUGCCGCUCAGUGUGGAGCUCACACCGGGGAGAAUCCGAUGCAACAAAAGGGAGAACGUGCUGACCCGGGGCGCUGAUCGUGUGUCCACUAAAGGGAGAGAGAGAAAUAUUUAUGACUACUUCACUGCCAUGUCCGGAAUAGGAGGGUUUCAGGACCACUUUGACUGGUGGGCGAGAAACAGCUUUACAAGCACGGGAGGGAAGCCAUUUUGGAUUGAUCCCAACGACUGCGAUAAUCUGCAUCUCAUCAUAGAUGACAACAUCCGUCUGAGUGAACAGGACACUGAUACAAUUGUGAAUUGCCGGGUACUUCUGGACCAGGGAAGAGGGAAGGAAUCCAGGAAGGUCCCCACCUCGGAGCUGUACGACAUCUGUUUGGUGCAGACGGAUCUCCUCCGAGCCAUCGCGGAGAAAGAUUACUUUCUAGACUGCGUCCGAUCCUGCGAGGAGAAUUAUGAAAAUUACCUCCAGAGCUUUCAGCUGGAGUAGUCUGAGCCACUGCUGGCGGCUCUUCAUUUUCCCGAUGGACUGUU